AUGCAUGCGUCGCGACGUCAAUGCAGGCGUUGUCAUAUCUCCAACUCGUUCUAACCAAAUAACCAGAAAAAAGACAAACAAUUGUAUUUAUAAAAGCGCAAACUUGAGCUUUUCCACUCCCAUGCUACAGCUGAUCUUGCAACAUGGCAACGAUCGGCAAAUACAUUUAAAAUGGUUUUAUUAGAACCAAUAAAUACGAACAUACAAAUCAUAGACAUAAAAGGCAGCUUGGUAACAGAAUGGAAUCAUUCCUCAGAGUGAACAGCGGAACAAACUUGCCCUCAUCUUCUUCAAAUUCGUUUAUGACUGACAAUGCUGACUCUACAUCCAUAUGUCCCUUGAUUACACCAUCACCACCUACAAAUGCCUUGGUGGAUCCCCUACCAGAGCCAACAGAAACUAAUUAUACCAUUAGUGAAGAAUUGGCCGAAAAGUUGCAAAAAGUCCAAGAUAAAAGCCCCGAUGCUGAAUCAAUCUCAUCUGCUUCAUCCUCAGCGGACCCAGCAGUCUGCUCUCAACUUCUAAAUCGAAGAAACAGUUACCUUCAUAUACCCGACGAUGAAGAAGCUGCAGCCCAGUGCGAAACAUCAAGCACCGCAGGCCCAAUCCAGCUAAGUUUCCAAAACGUUCCCCAAGACUACUUUUUCGUCUCAUGGAACUGGCCAUUGAUUCGAAAAAUCUCCUUAUACAUGUUCCUGUCAGGCUUGGCAGCUAUGGUAGCGCUUGUAAUAGCUAUGAUAGCUAGACUACCCAAAAGCUGCAAUCCUCCAACCGAAUGGUACCAGGGCAACUUACUCUACGAAAUCUUCCCAGCCAGUUUCUACAGUAGUACUCACGGAAUGGAAGGUGACUUAAAAGGAAUAGCCUUGAAAAGCGACUAUUUAAUGAACUUGGGAGUUAGAGGUGUAAGACUUAAUUCUAUAUUUAGAUCGCCACAUUAUCCGAAAGACUUUGAAAAAGCUUCUAGUUUAACUGAAAUCGAUCCUAUAUUAGGAACACUAGAAGAUUUUAAAAGUUUAGUCAAACAUUUGAAGUCCAGGAACAUUUCUUUGAUACUAGAUUUACCAGUCUCGUCCUUUAUUCAAAAGCACGUGGCCAAAAAGGCAAUAACUGCAAGUAACGAGGUUAAGAAUGCGACUAUGGAUCCGGAAAGUGACUAUCUCAAGUUAGAAGAUUUUGAUUUGGUGGAAGACGCCAUACAGUUUUGGGCAUUGCAUGGUGUUGAUGGAUUCUAUUUAAAAGGACUAGAACACCACGCAGAAGAUUAUAACACUGCUAGACUUAUAAGACGUUGGAAAAAAUUACUCGGAACCGAUAAAAUUUUAAUAAUAAGCGAGAAUAUCGUAGAUGCCACUCCAAAAGAAAACCUAAACAUAAUCCUAAACAACGUUGAUUUAAUUGACGUGAAACUAAAUAUAGAAAAAGGUGUUUCUUAUGUCACCAAACAAAUAGAUUCUAUACAAAACAGUUCUCUAUUUACCAAACCAGGGAUGCCGUGGGUGCAAUGGUCUUUAGGAAACGUAAACUCAAAUCGCCUUGCAAACGUUUUGAACUACGGCAAUGCUACUUUAGGAGCAACACUGCUCCAAAUGAUGCUUCCUGGAACACCGUCUGUGUUUUACGGUGAUGAAAUAGGGUUGCACGAAAUCUCAGAUCCCGAAGAAGACAGGAAAGAUAUCAAGCAUCUUCAUCAGCUUACGAUGAUGCCUUGGAGGAACGAGCAAUCGAAAGUUCUACCUUGGAUAUACGGAGGUAACGUUAACGCACUCUACGAUCAAGUGGAGGUGGUGUCUAAAAUGACAGACUUAAGAGGUCGAUCACCUUCAAUUUAUAUGAACUCAGUUUUCAAGCAAGGUGAUAAUAAGGCGAAUGCCGAAGUGAAAUAUGCGGAGAAAGAUUUUCUGGUGGUUCAAAGAUGGUACCCAAGAAGGAAAGCUUACGUGGUUGCUAGUAAUUUGGGCAGUAAUAAGAUAUCUGCCGAUCUGUCCACUUUGUUGUACACUGGACAAGUUGUUGUAGGCCCACGAGCAGACUCCACGUCAGAAACAAUAUCUUUUAAGGAAGUUAAUCUAUGGCCUGGGGAAUCAGUCGUCAUAGUUUUAGAUUAAGUAUAAUUGAAAUAUACAUAGAGAUGCUCUACAAAAAUUAGUUAUUAAUGAGUUGUGUUAUAUUUAUUUUUUAAAAUAAAAUUUUGAAACGUAAAA